AUGGCUAAACCCUCUUUCUCUAUCUGUGGAUACCGGCGCUCGGAAGACUCACACAAACUCCUGUACAGUCUUUGUCUACCAGCAGACCCAAAUGAUCUACCUUUCAAAACAUUAUCAGGUCUGUUGUCCGAUCAUUUCGAGCCAAAAAAAUCGUAUUUCGCAGCACGAUACCUGUUCUAUCAAGCACGAAAAUCAAACGACGAGAGCGUAGCCCAAUGGGGUGCACGUUUAAGGGACCUAGCAUCGAGAUGUAAAUUUGGCUCGGAACUGGACAUAGUGAUCCGCGAUAUUUUCAUGGUCGGAAUGGGGCCGGGAAAAAUACAGGACCGGUUGCUGGAAGAAGACGCUUCAAAGUCGAAUGUAACACUCGCGAAACUCAUGGAAGUAGCUACUAACAGAGAAACGACGGCAAACGCUAGUAAGCAAUGGGCUGCAAAGGGGUCACCUGUAACUGUGAACUUCACGAAACCAACGCAAUCCAAAGCCAAGCGGUCAUACCAACCCACCCCCCAAGGUAGAGGAGAGGUAAAUACGUACAACGCUAGUGACAAGAGGAAAUGCCAAGUCUGCGGACGGACAAACCACACCUCAAGCGCAUGUAAGUUUAAAAGUUAUUCUUGUAAUACGUGUGGUACCGUGGGACAUUUAGCACCAAUGUGUAAAUCGAAAGUAAAACCCAACCAGGGGGGAAGAAAUAAAACACAAAAUAAAUUUAUGUCGGAAAAAGUAGACACCGAUUCGGAUUCGUGCGUGCAGUUAGGAGAUUCUUUUUUUUCAAUUAAAGAAAAUUCCAAUGACAACGUAAAAAUAAACCCGUUUAAAAUAACUUUAACAGUAGAAGGGAAACCAAUUACGUUUGAAAUCGACACAGGUUCGCUAUACAGCAUAAUAUCGAUGAAAACGUUUGAUUCCUAUUUCGGAACGAAAACGUUAGUAGAUAACGAUAUCGCAUUAACGGACUACGUCGGCAAUAAAAUGACACCGGCGGGCAAAGUACAAUUAGCGGUUACUAAUAAUAAUGAGUCAAGGUCGUUCUGGGCGUACGUUAUUCCGAACGGCGGUCCGCCUUUAAUAGGCAGGAACGAUAUAGUUUCGCUAGGUAUCGAAAAUAUAUAUUCAUGUAAUUUCAACGCUGAAACCAUAGACUCAAUUUUGGGUAAGUACAAACAGUUAUUCGAACCGGGCACUCGGCACUUUUAA